GAAGAAGAAGACGAAGACGAAGUAGGCGACUCUUUAACUGAUGUAAGACAGUAGACGUAACUGCGACUGUGCUAGGCGUUUCAGUCUGGAGACGGUCUUCGCAGGAGCAGCCGCUCAAACCAGACCUCUUUCAGGAGGGAUUCCCACUUUUCCUGUCUGAAUCCUGAAGUAGCCAUGGUGUCCGGCCUGUCCGGUGUUCUUGUGGUGGCUUUAUGUGUGCUCCUGUCGCCCUGCGUAUCUGGGGACGACAAUGACUGUAAAUCCUACAGAGAUGAAUUCGGAACUUACCAUUCAUCCAAGGAAUGUCCAUAUUCGUUUUGCUGUGGUAGCUGCACCAGAAGAUACUGCUGUGUUAACAACUUCAUGCAGUUUUCUGAGGAUGAACAGACUCAGUGUGACACCUUAUCUCCCAGUAGUUACCCAGAUCCUAGAUUACAAUUACCUUUAAUCCUUGGUCCUCUUCUCUUCAUUUUGCUCAUCAUCAUCAUUUGCUGCAUCUGUCCCUGCUGCUGCCUGUACAAGAUGUGCCGCAAGCCCCGACCUGUGAUUGCAACCACCACCCACACCACAGUGGUCACCACCAAUCAGCAGCGGUACCCUCAGCAGCCAACUGCAGCACCAGGGCAUCCUCAGGGUUACCAGGCAGUCCAGUAUCCGCCCUACCAGCCUGUACCAGUGCAGCCGGGAUAUGGUGCCCAACCCAUGCCUGCACUGCCCUACCCAGCACAGCCGUUCACACCAGGACCACCUCCAACAUAUCAAGAAGCCACAGUUCCUGGCUACCCCCCAAACCCAAUGCCUUACAGCCAUGCUGCGUUCACCCCUGGCCAUCCAGCGUAUCCUCCACAGCCUCCUGUCCAACCGCAGUCCAGUGCUCCACCCAUGCACACAGACUACCUAGCCCAGCCUGCGUACAACCCGGAAUAUGUUGCACCACAUCCUUAGCCUGGAUAAUGGACCACAGUGCCACACCCUCAGACACCUUAAACAUGCUGCAACAUUUUUGAACUUGGCAGAACCAGAGCUGUGUAAUCUGAAUCAAGAGGAGAGGUGUCCUUGAGUGUCUUGAUUCACAGGCUUUGUUGAUUAAAUAUUUGAAAUGCAUCUGUUCUGUAGAAGAGUUGAGAAGAAGUGAGAAUGUCGAUACUGCUUGGAUGGAAUUGAAUGGACUUAGAAUAUACAAGUGGUGAGAUUGUUUGUGUGUGUUUUUACACUUCUUAAUGGCUUUGUUUUGGUGAGUUAAAUAAGAUGCCACAGAAUAUGAUUUUAAAGAAAGGUAGCUGAUGUGCUUUGUUUGACAUGUCCAGCCUUUUGAGCCUGCCUCAACAUCUUCCUACUCCUUGUUAAUAAUGCUGUGCAUUGGUUCAACCUGCCUGACCUCUUUCAUUCGUCAUCUACAGUGAAUGCAGUCAGACUCAGUGGUCAGUCUUUGGAGAUUUGGUGAUCUUGGCCAUAAUCUCAUUGCUCUCUUUCCAGUCAGUUUACUUCAGACCGAUAAAGUGCUUUGAAAAACGCCUUUUUUUUCAUAUACGCUGUCUUGUUCUUUGUCUUUGGUGUAUAAUGGUUUAUAUAGUAUGUGUUGUACCUGUUACCUGGAAACAAACCAAAAUGUGUAAUAUUUCUCACCAGAGGAUUUAUGAUGGAAAUACACACAAAUUCAUCAUACCAAUUCAACUAAAUGAGCCUUCCACAUGGGGAAAGUUUGCUUUCUAUUUAAAGCUUUAUGUGUCUAUGUACAUGUCAGAUGGCACAAAGUUGUUUUUUUUUUUUGUAUUUCUCAGGUUCUUUGCAUUCAUUGUUUUCAUUUGCCCAUCUCACUUUGGCAGCUUUGAAUGAUUGUAACCAAAGGAGAUUAAUUUCUUAUCAGUCAACCAAACAUUCACAUAGAUGAGUCCACAAAAAAAUACCUGAAAGAAAAUGCAAGAAACAAGUGUGCCUUCCUCAAACUUACGUGUGCAUCUCAAUGACAACAUUGAAUUUUCAUCUUCUGGUUUCUUAUGAGUGUUGGAUCUAUUUGUUUGUUAAUGCUGUGUUACUUGUACCUUUGUUGAUGUUGUUUUGCAGUCUGACGUAUCCAACAUUGUGUAGCCUUUUCAAAAUGAGUUCUUUUAAUAGCAAACCAAACCAAAACAUGCAUGUUAUGAAUCUUUAAGAUCGUUUUUUUUAUACAGUAUUAUUUCAAAUCAUGAAUUUCUCAUAAUCACAACUGCUUUUAUUAUAUAGACCCAGUGUAACCGUAAAUGUCAUUUAUUGCUUGUAUCUAAAAACUAAACAAAAGCCUUCUUUGCGCUCCUCUGCUUUCUUUCUUGUUUUUCUGCGACAAAGUCAUCAGUUAUGCUUUCUGCUGACUGAAAUUACUUGAAGAUAGUUUUAAUUAAGUGACCUUUUUCUGUUGAGCCUACUGAAAUGGAGUGCAGUAAAAGUGACAUGCCAGACAUUGACUUUUUAAGCCACCCUGUGUGAAAUGCCAGACUUUUCAGCUUCCUUUGCCGAGACACUGGUUGUGGUCACAGUAAAUAAUAGCAGUCAUAUUCAAAGUGUGUGUGAGUAUCGCGGGUACAGGUUUCAGAAUGUUUUUUUAGCCACAUUAUGCUGUGGCUCAUUAGUACACUGAAAGACCACAUGCCAUCUAAUGAAAGGGGAUUAAUGUCGUCACAUAUUUUUGUAAUUUGCACAAAAAAAAGUUGUUUUGUGAGGCAUGUGCAUGUGUUUCUUACAGACCAGAUCUGUGUUUCUUACCUGUGUCUGAAAGCUGUUCUCUCUCUUAUGUUGUAAUUCUCGUUCAGUUCUUUGACCAGUGUUGAUUCUUCAUAGUGACUUUAGAGUGGUUUAUGUUUGUAUAUGGAUUAUAGUCAUUGAUAUUCUUUGUGAAAAACAUAUCGGCGGAGAUUUAGUGUUCCAUCUGUGUUUCUUGUCCAAGAGUAAUUGUCAUUGAUGCUACUUGGAGAAUGCAUGUACAUGACUUUUAAACUGUUAAAAACGUGUUCUGCUGAAUUGAAUAAAUAUGUAUCUUUGGUCAUUGAA